AUGGUUUGGGUCACUUCCCUCAUAAAGGGCCUCGCAAUCGUUACAACACUAGCGACUCAGUUGGUCUCCGCACAGGCCCCUGGAUCUGCAACUAUUCCAAUCAAAGGACCGCGCAUCUCUUUCACUUGUCCAGAUGGCUCGCCACUCGGUGUCACCGCCGACAAUGGCAGAAACGCACCUGUUUGUGCUGCCGGCGACUCUGCCAUUUUCAGCGCGGCCUUCUUUCUCGACAACAACUUCAAUCACGUCGGUGAUGCAGCACAGACUGCCGCUGUGAAGGCUGCCAAUGCUUUCGGUAUUGUCUACUAUCUCUCAACAGUCAACCCAGUACCAUCUACCGGAACGUAUCUAUCGACGUUCUAUGAGUUUGGCGGUGGAUCGGACCCGAAUGGUACCCUGCCUGUCUACUUGACUGACUACACUGCUGGAGAAAAUCAACGUUACUUGACUACUGACCAAGGCUUCCUCUUCUACUUGCAACCUGAUGGACGAUACAAGAUUCAGUCUAUUCAGCGCAACAACGAACAGCUCUCCAACGGUCCAGACACAGGCUACUGGCAGAUUGACGCCUCCAAGCGCAUCAUCUCACCUGUAGCUGGUGGCCCGAACGAGGCUGCCCUCUUCGGCAUCACCUUGUCUCCCAGCACAGCCGACUACCCAGCCGACCCAACGGAGAAUCUCAGCCUUGCUGCAUCUCCUGCUCAACAAGGCAAAUUCAAUAUUGGCUACCAGGGUCAAAACUUGGCACUCUCUGGCCAGAGCUAUGUCUUUGGAACGUCCACCCCAAGUCAAUUUUCUUUCGUGUCCUCGACACGGACGCCAGGUAUGUGGUCUAUCGUUGAUCAGUCCAGCGGUCAGUUUGUCGCUGUCUCGCCAUCAUCAGGUCUUGAGGCAGCUUCAACACAGUCUGUCAGUACCGACUUUGACGUGCUUCCUCUGGACUCUGGCUUCUUCGGCCUUUACUCGCAACUCAAUGGCGGCAAGUACAUUGUCAUGGAUCCAACAACCAUGAACUUUGCGGCCAGUGGCGAUGAAUUGCCUGCCCUGAGUGACAACUUCGCCGUCGUGCCGGCUGCAGCCCCUGUUCAAAGCACGACUGCCGUCAUUCCGUCAACCACGUUGGUCAGUACGACUUCAGUUGUUGAGAGCUCUUCGACCUCAACUGAUGCGUUGACAACAACGACGACAACAUCUCUCGUGCCAGAAACUUCAAGUUUGGCCACUACCUCAACAGUGGACCCAACCACAUCUGCGAUCACAAGUAUUACGCCUCUCAUCACGUCUUCAUCGACAAUCAUCCCGUUGACAUCAUCUGCAGAAGUCUCGUCGUCCACAGUUUUGACUGCGACGCCUUCUUCAUCAUCUGAGAGCAUCUCGUCGACCGUGGUCAUUGGCUCAACCUCUUCUUCAUCAGCCACCGAUGUUGUCUCGGCCGUCCUGUCCACCUCAACAGACCCGGUGCUGUCCAGCACUGCUUCUGCGUCCUUGCCAGUGGCGACUGUCAACUUCAACUUUGUGAGCGAUCAAGGGUUCGAUUACCCAAUGAUCGCGGUAACAGGCUUCACUGGCACUGAUGAUGCUCAAGUCUCGUAUAAUGGCUUGACAUGGAGCAAUGAGGAGGUAUUCAUGGCAAGUUCAGCUAGCAACAAGGUCUUUGUGAUUACCGACAAUGUCAUCACUGACUCGACCGGUGCAAUUCUAGCCUUUGAUGCUGCAGAGGCUGACAUUGCUGGUACUCGCUUCAUCUUGGUUUCUCCUGCUCAGGUUGGCUCGCUACAAACACAGGCAUUUGCAUAUGAUCCAAUCUCCGGCGUCAUUGCCUCUGCUGAGUACAUGCUUUAUCUUGACAAUGCUGCAAUCUUGAAGGUUGUCAGGAAGUCUAGUACUGCAAGCGAUUCCUAUGUCCCUUUCACCAAGCUGCAAGCUUUGGUCGCUCCUGUGCCAGGCAUGACAACAACCAGCACUAGCGAGACUUCUACAGUCGCAGCCCCUGCCACUAGCAGCACUGAGGCACCUGUUUCGUCUGAGGCUACUGCUACCACCAGCGAGUCUUCUACGCCUAUCACCACUAGCGAGACGACAUCUGUCCCUGUGACGGUCACGAGCGAGUCAGUUGUGAUGACAUCCACCCCUGAGGUGGUGACCACGAGUGAUGUAACAUCUUCGACUGUUGGUGAGGUCACGUCUCCUUCUGUCCCCGUCAUCACCGAGCCUGUUCCUUCUUCAACUGUCAGCACUGAAGUGACACUCGAUUUGACUACAAGCACCAGCGGACCUGUGUCUUUGACGACUGCCAGCGUUUCAGAAGCGCUGUCCUCAUCUGCAGAGAUUGUAUCAGCCACUCUGAAUGCUCCCACCGAGUCCACUUCAUCCACUGCUACCGUCCCUACUACCGUGGCUGUCCUUCCCACGGUGACUGUCGAAAUCUCUUCUGAUCCGGCUUCUGCUUCGCAGCCCACGGAGACACUCAGUGCACCAGUGACAAGCGGUAGGCCAACAUUCGUCGAAUCAUCAAGUGCCGUUGAGACUACGUCGCUUGAGGCGCCUUUGUCUAGCACCGAGGUCGUUCCAACUGUCCCAACCACAGAAAGUGCAGCUGUGGGUCAAACAACCAUUGUCGAAACUAGCACGGCGUCACCAACCACAAGCACCGUUGCUAUCCCCUCAGCCGGUACCUACGUCCUUCGCGCAAACGGGCAACCAUUGGUCUGUGUCGGACCUGUCAUUGUCGCCGUGAAUGAUGCCAAUGUCGAUCCUUCCCCAAUCACCAUUGAUACCGACGGCACCUUCACCUGCAAUGGUCGCACGGGCUUCCUUCGCCCUCAGGCUUCUCCCUCCAUCGACUAUGAUGUUUUGCUGCUUACACCUCCACCGACUGAUCCUGCUGUGGUUCCUGGCUUCUUUGGCUUCGUCGACAACGUCCUCGUGGCAUCUCUGCAGCGAUUCCAGAGGCGCAAGCGUGCGCCGGCCGUUUUGCUCACAAUUGGUGUCGGUGCCAAUGGCCAGGUCAUUGCCGGGCCCAACGUGCCUGCCGGCGGCUUGACAGUCACCGUUUUGGCAGUUGCUCCAGCGGCAUCUUCUGCAGCUCCGUCAUCUGGCUCCGCACCUGCUUCAUCGUCGACAUUGGCUAAUUCCGUCUUGCCGUUGCCUGGAACUCCUGCUUCCAACUCUGGGUCCUCGUCGACUUUGGUGGCUUCAGUCUUGCCUGGCUCAACGACCACACAGACGGUGGUGGUCACCACGACUAUCGCAGGCGUCGCACAAACUGCAGUCGCUGUUCAAGUCAUUGUCAAUACCGCUGGUGCAGGACAAAGUACCGUCUACGUUACUAUUGGUGGCGUGCUCGUACAGAUCUCGGGUGCUGGUCUUCCUUCCAUUCAGGCCGGUGUUGUCGUCGCUGGCGCAUUAACAGCCGCACCAGUGAUUGUCAAUGUCAUCGUCAUUGUCGCUCCUGUUGUUAUUGCUGCCAAUGGAGCCUCUCCAGUGACAUCGCUGACUACUGUCACGGGCUUUGCUACCGUCAGCGCAAGUGGCCUUCCUGCAGGAGCGGGCGGAAUCACCAUUGUCAAUACAGCUGCCGCUGCCAUCACCGCAACACUUUCAGUGCCUAUCUCUGUUGCUACAGGCGUUGCAGGCCACUCUGUGGUACAGGGCUCGUCUGGUGCCGCCGGACAGCCUACGGUGCAAGGAGCCCCUGUCAUCGCUGGACAGCCUAUCGCUCAAGGCGUUCCCGGCAUUGCAGCUCAGCCUGUCGUCCAAGGAGUCUCUGGCGUGGCUACUGCAGUCACCGCUGUGCCUGUUGCAAGCAACGCUGCUCCAGCAUCCGUUGCAUCGGCUGUUGCCUCUGCUGUCGCUGCAGCUGCAGCUGGUGUACCGAAAGCAUCUGCAAACGCGGCCGCCUCGGUAGUCGGUUACGGUAUGAGCACACUUGCGCUCCUCUGUGCUGUGCUUCUCUUCUAG